AAGUGGUGCAAAGUGCAAUUUCAGUUUCAUUUUGGCAUGGGAAGAGUGCUGUGGAAGUUUUCAGAAUUUACACAACAUAAAAAGGCUUCUCCACCGCGCCAUUUUCUUGCGCCAAAAUUAACACGAACAGAAAGCAAAUUGAUUUUCAAUCCGGUGCACCGAAGUCCACGAAGCUCAAAUUCACCUCCUCAUUCAUCAAUGGAUUUUCGUUUUUCCUCUCUCGUGGUUAAUGAUUCUAAACCUUUCUCUUUGUUCCGGUGAAUUGGAAGCAAGACAAUGGGGGAUUUGCAAUCAGAAUCGAGUGUCUUCAGUGUUCGGAUCGUCUCCAUCGACUACUACCUUGCACCUCCAAUUCCAGGCCUCGGCGUAUCCUACAGUAGCUUUCAAGGCGGGAAGGUGAACGAGGUCCCUGUAUUGAGAAUAUAUGGUUCCACUCCAGCUGGUCAGAAAACAUGCGUCCAUGUUCAUGGAGUUUUACCCUAUUUAUAUGUGCCGUGCUCAGAGAUUUCAUUGCAGUUGCACUGCAAAGGAGAAGCUUUAGGGAAUGAUGUAUCUCUUGCCCUUGAAAAAGCCUUAAAGCUGAAAGGCAAUUCUGGUUCAAAGAGACAGCAUGUACAUGGUUAUAAUCUUGUUCGAGCGAAGAAGCUUUAUGGUUACCAUUCAUCAGAAGAGCUUUUUAUGAAGAUAUAUUUAUAUUAUCCUCAAGAUAUCACCCGCGCUGCAAAUCUUCUGCUGAAUGGUGCUGUUCUCGAGAAGAGUAUACAGCCUUAUGAGUCCCACAUACCAUUUGUCCUGCAGUUCCUUGUUGACUAUAAUUUGUAUGGUAUGGGUCUUCUGCAUCUAGUGAAAUUGAAGUUCCGUCAUCCAAUACCAGAUGCUUCAGGGAAGAAAUUAGAUAACAUUUUCCGGUACAUGCGUGAGAAUCAUGCAAUGGAUAAUCCAACUAGCAUGCCUUCUGAUCCUCAGGCAGAUACAAGUAAUGAUGCAGCAUCAACUUCACCAGAAUGGAUAUCUUCUAAAAUUCCAACAGAUUGGAUGUGGAAUUUUCCUAAUGCAACGGAUGCCUUAGAUGACAAUGGUGUCAAUUUCUGUAAACGUCAAAGUGUUUGUGAACUUGAGGGAGAUGUUGCUGUAGAAGAUAUUCUCAAUCAACAUUCUAAACUCUAUACAUCUUUUUCUCAAACCUAUUCGGACGUGAAGAUGGUUCAAUCACUUGUUUCAAUUUGGGAGGAGGAGUAUAGGAGAACUGGCCUGCAGGAGGCACCAGUGCCACCUGAUCCUGGAAAACCAUUGCCAAAAGAAGUUUUGGAGGCUUUCUCACUUGGUGUGGACUAUGAGAAAAAACUGACUGAAUUAUAUGAGAGACCAAAAAGUCCAUCAGUGUUAACUCCACUUGAAGAAGAUGAAAGGUUGGUGCAGUCCUUGACAUCUUCAGCUAAUGAAGCAGAUAUAACUGGAGUAGGAUGUUCUGAUGGCAAGCCUCUGAAACAUGUUAAGGAGAUAAGCAGAACUAAUUCAGACUCAUUUUGCCCUUCUUCAUUUGAAGAUUAUGACAAAAUGCUGAUUGAAGGAGAGGAUGUGGUCCCAAGAUUGUCUAUGGAUGAAGUUCAAGUAACUCCCAAGGCUGUCGACGAGGAGGCACUAGGACUCUUGAGAUGGCUAGCUACUUCUCAGGCUGCACAAGAUAUCAAUUCCGAUGAUGAACUUCUUUGUGAGACAAUUUUGGGGCCCUUGUUGCCUGCAGCGAACAUGGAUCAAGUGCUAGAGAGAGCUAGCCAGGAUUAUGGUUCUGAGUCUCAAAAGGAGUGUCAAGACAUCCUUGAUUCAGUUGAAGAUCUAGAGGAAUUUGAGGGGUUUAACAAGAGAAAAUGUUGUCCAGAUGAUGAGCAUCUUCACAGGUCUUCUUCUGAAGAAACUAUUCCCCAACUUGAUGGUGCUUCUGAUGAUGUGUUCUCUUCUUGUGGAGGGUCGACUGAAAACUCAGCUGAUAGGGAUUUAAAUUUUGAGAAUGAAAAAUCUUCCAAACUUGCGGCAUUGCAUGGCAUUGAUUCAGGUUCUUGCAGUCACAAAAAAGAGAAAUCAUUGUGGGGAUCUUUACCUUUUCACGAGACUGAGAAAUUGAAUACAGAUUCAACAUGUGUCAAUUCUUGCAGGCCUGAUAUAUGUGCAAGUUUGACCAAAGAUUCUGAAUUCAUCAGUUACUUUUCUAGAGAUGAUGGAAGACAGAUGGAUGUUACAUUACAAAAUGCAGGUGCAGGUGCAGGUACAUAUAACUCCAGGGAAGGCUAUGUCUUUGUAGAACGUUCUGUACGUGAUUUGAUGAGGAGGAAGCGUCACUAUCGAAAUGAGCCACUUGACUGUGGAUAUGGUAAAGUUAAAAAUUUUACUGUUGAUAGCAGGCAAAGAAAAGUGUGGUCAAGAGACUUGGAUUCUCAAGUGUUUCAGUCCAAUGAGCAUAGCUUGAGAUUUCGGGAUUCUUCCCAUUUGAUGCCAUGUUUAACUAAUCAAAAUUCAAGUUCUGACGUGUUUUAUGAGAAUAAGUCUGCUUAUUCUAAUAGUUCCAUGUAUGGUAAACUGCCGCUUGUAGAUGGGUGUGAUGGCUUAGUGCAAGCUAGUUCACCAAAUGUGGGAGAAAUCCCUGGAUCUGAAAUAGUUACAGGUCCUUCUCAAGUGUGCUCUUAUGUGUGGCUCUCUGAGUCAGAGACCCUAGGCGUAGGUCCUGUUUCUCUAGGUGGUUGUGAAAUCUUGGCUAGCAAGGAAUCUAAUUCUGGUGCAAGUGAUGCUAAUGCUCAUGAGAGCACACCUUCCAUACAAUGUGCAGACGAGGAUUAUUUGGCUCCAAGUACAAAAAGAAGAUUUCUUUUGGUUAAUCAGUAUAGUAAUGAUAGAAAACAAAAAGAGGAUUCUGUUUUGUCUGGGCUUGGCCACUCUGUGUCUAUGGUUGCCGAUUUUCACGGUGAGCAAACAUUAUCAAUUGGUUUGACUACUCGCAGAAAGCCUCCAAAUGCAGAUUUGAUUCAUAAGGAACAUUUAAACGUUUCAACUUCGUCUAUCAUGCCCUGGAAACUUGCUCCUUUGGAUCAGAAAGACGUUGAAGGGAGAACAGGGAGAGCUUUGGAUGAUCUUCUGCCAUUUUUUCUACACAGAGACAAGAAAGAUAUUUUUGAAGAUUAUGGUUACAGUUCUCCGCAAGAAGCUGCCAUGGGUGUUCCUAUUCACUAUCGAAAUGAUGGCUCCUUCAUGUAUAUUUUGACACCUGUAAACUCACCUCCUUCUACAGAUAGUGUUAGCCAGUGGCUCACAAGUGAACAGGGAGCUCUUGGGAUCAGCUCAGGAAAACCAUUAGUUGAUGAUCCGAACAAGUCUCUGCCUCAACUUGCUUCUUCAUCUCAUACUAGUCAUAUAGUAAAUCAUGGAGGCCUGCCUAACUCAACUGCAGACGAAACUUCUUUUCCUGAAAAUUUAGAACCAGUCAGAAGUGGAGGAAUUACAGCAGAAGUAAGAGCUUGUGCGAGUUCGUCACAAGAUAUAUCUCAAAUUUCUGGCCCAGAUGGGAUAUCAAAGGCUACUCCUCUCAGCCAAAUUGGGUUUUGUGAUCCUGCAAGUGCUGGAGGAAUGCAGCAAUUAACAUUGUUGAGCGUAGAGGUCCAAGCAGAAUGUAGGGGUGAUCUCAGGCCUGAUCCUCGACUCGAUGCCGUGAAGAUGAUAGCUCUUGCUAUUCAGACUGAUAGUGGCCCCAUUGUUGAAGUUGUUUUAAUUUUUUGUACGAACAUUGAUUCGUCUAAGAGAAACCGUGAUGGGAUAGGCUACAAUGUUUUGGUUCAUCAUGAAGAGAAGUCUUUAUUUCGAAGUUUUAUGAAAAUUAUAUAUUUAACUGACCCAGAUAUUUUGAUUGGCUGGGAUAUUCAAGGUAGUUCUCUUGGAUUUUUGGCAGAGAGAGCUUCUCAGCUCGGUAUAAAUCUGCUAAAUAAGAUAUCUAGGACACCAGAUGAAGCCAAGAUGCUGGAUGGAAAUUCAAAUACUCAAACAGAAAUUCCAGGAAUCUUGGUUUCUGAGUUGGUAAAUUCUGAUUCUGCUGUAGUAGAAGAUGUAGUAGAAGAUAUGAUAGUUGAGGAUGAAUGGGGCCGAACGCAUGCCAGUGGAAUCCAUAUUGGUGGUAGGAUUGUUCUAAAUCUAUGGAGGCUUAUGCGCAAUGAAGUUAAGCUUAAUAUCUACACGCUUGAAGCUGUUGCUGAAGCUGUUUUGAGACGAAAAUUACCUUACAUCCAUCAUAGGGUAUUAACACAAUGGUUUAACAGUGGUCCUCGACAAGCGAGAUUUCGGUGCAUUGAAUACGUGACGGAAAGAGCAAAGUUGAACCUACAAUUAUUGAUGACGCUUGAUAUGAUAAAUAGAACUUCAGAACUUGCUCGUGUGUUUGGCAUUGAAUUUUUUUCUGUUCUAUCUCGAGGUUCACAAUAUCGUGUUGAAUCUAUGUUGCUAAGAUUGGCACAUAGUCAAAACUAUCUGGCAGUCUCCCCUGGGAAUUUGCAGGUCGCAUCACAACCUGCAAUGGAAUGUCUGCCACUUGUGAUGGAACCGGAGUCUGGUUUUUAUGCUGAUCCUGUUGUUGUUUUAGAUUUUCAGUCUCUUUAUCCCUCCAUGAUAAUUGCUUACAACCUUUGCUUUUGUACAUGCUUGGGGAAAGUAGCCCCUUCAAAGGUCAAUACGCUAGGAGUUAUUUCAUAUUCACCAGAACGACAGGUUCUUGACGAAUUGAAAGAUCAGAUACUGUUCACUCCUAAUGGUGUAAUGUACGUACCACCAAAGGUUCGUAAAGGUAUAUUGCCUCGUCUUUUGGAGGAGAUAUUAUUGACUAGAAUCAUGGUAAAGCAGGGAAUGAAAAAGCUGGCUUCAUCACAGAAAGUUCUUCAGAGGGUAUUUAAUGCAAGACAGCUUGCCUUGAAGCUAAUAGCAAAUGUAACAUAUGGCUAUACGGCUGCUGGUUUUAGUGGUCGUAUGCCUUGUGCUGAGCUUGCAGAUAGUAUUGUUCAGUGUGGCCGCCGUACACUAGAAAGUGCAAUCUCAUUUGUUAAUUCACAGGAGAAAUGGAAGGCUAAAGUUAUUUAUGGGGAUACUGACAGCAUGUUUGUUCUUCUAAAGGGACAUACGGUCGAACAGGCUUUUGGCAUUGGGCAGGAGAUUGCAUCUGCAGUCUCUGCAAUGAAUCCCAAUCCAGUCACACUCAAGAUGGAGAAAGUUUAUGCCCCUUGCUUCCUUCUCACUAAGAAGCGUUACGUUGGCUACAGUUUUGAGAGCCCUGAACAAAUUGAACCCACCUUUGAUGCUAAAGGCAUUGAGACUGUACGGAGAGAUACUUGUGCAGCCGUGGCAAAGACAAUGGAGCAAUCAUUGAGGCUUUUUUUUGAACAUCAGGAUAUUUCGGAGAUCAAAACAUAUUUGCAGCGUCAAUGGAAGCGGAUUCUUUCUGGAAGGGUUUCAAUUCAAGAUUUUGUCUUUGCAAAGGAGGUACGGCUGGGUACAUAUCGCACAAGGGGCCCAUCCUCACUUCCACCAGCGGCAAUUGUGGCCACUAAAGCAAUGAGAAUUGAUCCAAGGGCAGAACCGCGUUAUGCGGAACGAAUUCCUUAUGUCGUAAUUUAUAGGGAGCCUGGAGCUCGCCUUGCAGAUAUGGUUGUUGAUCCAAUGGAUCUUUUGGCUGUGGAUUCCCCCCACAGAUUGAACAGUCUAUAUUACAUCAACAAACAGAUAAUACCUGCCCUGCAAAGAGCGUUUGGUCUUGUUGGAGCCAACUUAAAUCAGUGGUUUUUGGAGAUGCCUCGUCCUGUAAGGGAGGUGUUUUUUAAACAACCCUUAUCAACUGCAAAUCCUAACCGAACCCGAAUUGAUUAUUACUACCUAUCUAAGCAUUGUAUACUAUGUGGUGAGUUAGUCCAGACCUCGUCUAAUUUAUGCAACCAGUGUCUACAAAAUGAAGCUGCAGCUACCACUGCGAUAAUCAUAAAAACUUCAAAGUUAGAGAGUGAAAUGCAACACCUUGCUGCCAUAUGCCGGCACUGUGGAGGAGCAGACGGGAUUGUGGAAUGUGGUGUGAAAUGUAUUUCACUCGCAUGUUCAGUUUUCUACGAAAGGCUAAAAGUUCAGAAAGAAUUACGUGGUCUUGUUGCUGUUGCUGCACACAAAGAUCUGUAUCCAAAAUGGACAGUUGAGUGGUUCUGAUUUCUGGCUUCUCAAAGCAUGAACUGAAAGUCUCUCCAUUUUUCAAAGGUAAUGUAGGUUUCCACCCCUUAAACUUCGCUUUUAGAAGGGCUUAUUAGUGACCACGUCAUAUACACAUAGCCUUGUGUUGCUACCCCAUUUAUUCUGCACUAGACAUAAUGAGCGAACCAUGCUACGGUGGGGAAGGCUGGCUAAGGGGUGUUCUACAAACUAGGCCCGCAAUCCAUGCACAUGGACAGCCGGCCGAGAGAACUCCUUGGCGCUGCACGGGCGAGGCGAAAAUUUAUGAUUCGAAAUUAGUCCUGUGAUACCCUGUAUCAUAUGUUUUUUCUGUAUCUAUUGAUAAGAAACUGACUUAAUAGCCAUAUUCUGUUACAUAUAUCUUUGUUUCAUCAGAUGUGUAAAUUAAUAUAGAAAGAUCUAAGGGGAUUGGUAUAUGUAGCUUUUGAUUAUUGUAAGAUACAUCUUUGUUUAUCUGGAUUGAGUCAAUUGACAAAUGAAAAAUUAAGCUAAAAAUUUGGUA